GCAGCAAGAUACAGUCACAGAUCGCACCGCUAACUUUCUCUGCCGGAGCUUUCCCCCCCACACACACACACACGCGCACAUACCCCCACAGAGGAGGACGAGAGCGGGCGGGAGAGAGAACAGCGAGUCACCGCUUUAUUUAAAUGGCAAACAUAGUCCCCUCCGUCUGCUGCGUGGUCCUGGCCGCCGCUGUGGUGGUGUUCGCCAAGCGCCAGCAAGGAGCGAGGAUCCAGUACGAGAGGAUGGGAAGUGACGUCACCAUGCUGUGCGGGUCGCUGGGCGGCGACGCCUCGGCCACGUGGAAGGUGAACGGGACCGACGUGAAGGCCCGGCAGGUCCAGGAGGGCCCGAGGCUGACCCUCCUGGAGGUGAACCUGAGCAGCAAUGGGCUCUACAGCUGCUUCCAGAACCCCGACGGCGAGCGCCGGGACCAGAUCAUCCUGCGUGUGGGAAUACCUCCAAAGGAGCCAUCUGUAGCAUGCCGAUCGAACACAUAUCCCAAGGGAUUCUACUGUAGCUGGCACCUUCAGGACCCAACCUACAUCCCCACCGACUUUGAUGUCCAUGUCAAACAUAACCAGAAAUCGCUGGAGACCCAAAAAGACGCAGUGCACAAGAACCGGUGUCACGUGAAGUUUCCAGAACUCUUUUCAAGCUUCAAAUACAGGGUGAACGUGACAGCAGUGAACGCGCUGGGAAAGGCAUCCUAUGCCAUCACCUUCGAUGACUUCUCCAUAGUCAAACCCGACCCACCAGAGAAGGUGAUCGCCAGCCCCAUCCCAGACAACGUACGCCGCUUGGAAGUGAAGUGGAAGAGCCCGUCCACCUGGCCUGAUGUGGAGAACUUCCCCCUCAAGUACUUCCUGCGUUACAGACCGCUGAUCCGGGACCAGUGGCAGCACGUGGAGCUCUCCGACAGCACCCACCACACCAUCACAGAUGCCUUCGCAGGCAAGGAGUACAUCAUCCAGCUGGCAGCCAAGGACACGGAGAUCGGCACCUGGAGUGAAUGGAGUGUGGCUGUUCAUGCUACGCCCUGGAUGGAAGAGCCUGAGAAGGUCAUCUCUACCACUGAGGCAGAGGCUAUUGUGGAGACGACCCCGUCUCCAGCCCCUCCGUCGCCAAAGUGCCGGUUAGGCAUCGCCGUGGGCGGAUGCUCAGCGCUCCUGCGGUCGACCCCUCUCCUCCUGGUGUCUGUCCUCCUCUCUCUCAUGUGAGAUCUAUGAUGCAUUCCUGUGAAAGAAAUUGUGGAGUCUUCUAUUUAGAUUUUGCACUUGUUUAAAUGGAUAUUGUGCAUUGAUGCUUUAAUUCAUGUUCCUCCCCCAAAGAAAAAGAGAAAGGAAACACACAAAGAAAAGAAAAUAAAAAAACAAAAACCAUGCACAGACACCGGAUUUCAAACCAAAGGGAAGUGAAGGGUGUGGGGACCUGUGUCGCUGACCGCGUGUUGUACUCGUCUGGCAGAACAAGAAGGAAUUUGUUGUAAUUUUUGAUUGAUUUGGCUGGCGUUUUGCAUCACCAUUUUGUCCAGGCUCCAUGCAGCUAAGUCAUCAUGCCAAAGACUUUUCUUGAAAAUUACUUCCCAUAAUCCUUGGCUUCCCGCAGCCUGUGCCUGUGUGUCAAGGAUUAAUCCUGCAGUGCAAUCUCCAGCAACUCACAGAGCGCAACAGAGAAGCAAGAUAUAAUCCUGCUGUGUCAACUAACAUUUUGGGGGAAAAUAAUCACAUUUUGUAUACUGUCAUAUUCCGAAGUGAAUACUUCAUGUUCCCACGACUUCACAUUCUAUUGGAGACCACAGCAAUUAAAGUUAAUGUAUUUUUACACUGACAGGAUUUUCUACUUUGUUUCUGCCUUAAAGUCACUAAAAUAAACACAAAUUAACAUGGAAAUCUGUUCUUUUUUUAUGUCAUACACAUAGUGCAAACUAAUUUUGAAACCAGUCCCACUGCCCUGUGGUACUUUAUGUUAAUGUUCAAAUUUGGCAUUUAAUAACAGAAAACGGAAGUAAUGCAAUAGCAUAUAAGAACAGUGUAAUUACAAAACAAUGUGGAAAAAUUAUACUGUUAUAUUAAAGAAGAAUCAAUUUCAUUAAUCUAUGAAUAGCCUUUCAUUGUACUGGUAUCCAACAGAGCUUUGGAAUGUAACAUUUAUUUCACCUGCUUUUCAUGAGGUUUAUAGAUUUAAGAAACAAUUAUAUUUGUCAGUCCAUUAUGAAUAAGUUCAAAGUUUACAAACUGUUGGACUUUUAAUAUUGUGUCACAUUUAGGGGUUUUAUUCAAUCUUCUUUUUUUACAAUUUUAUUUCAACUGGAAAUAAAAAAGGAUGUCAUAUUGGACAAAAUCUAAUCAUUCCUUAGAUGGGCUGAAGUUGCCCUAACUUAGUUUGUAGUACUUUUUUGCAAACCACAAAAGCUAAGGAAUUAUUUUAUAUUAUAUUCUUAUUUUCUAGUUAAAUCACAUCUGUGAGCUUAGAUUUCCAGGCACACAUAUUUGCUAAAUUCCCCCAGUCAUAUUUUGUAAACUAUGAUAUGUAUCUUUAACAUGAAAAGUUUAUUAUUUAAUAAUGUAUGUAUUAGCCUUAGAUUCUUGUAACCUGUAUCUGGGUUUUUUUAAAUAAAUGUAUAUAAACAGAGAAGUUGUUCAUUAAAUGUGACCAUUUCACAAUGA